GAAGGAGCUGAAGACAGAGGUUUGACUGAGAGACAGACUGUGACUCUGAACUAGGAUCAGACAGUUUAAAGGGUCUCGUCAAACCAGGAGUGUUUCCUCCAGACCAGGAGUGUUUCCUCCAGACCAGGAGUGUCUCCUCAGUCCAGGAGUGUCUCGUCCAGACCAGGAGUGUCUCCUCAGUCAGUCCAGGAGUGUUUCCUCCAGACCAGGAGUGUCUCCUCAGUCAGUCCAGGAGUGUCUCCUCCAGACCAGGAGUGUCUCUUCAGACCAGGAGUGUCUCCUCAGUCCAGUAGUGUCUCCUCCAGACCAGGAGUGUCUCUUCAGUCCAGGAGUGUCUCCUCAGUCAGUCCAGGAGUGUUUCCUCCAGACCAGGAGUGUCUCCUCAGUCCAGGAGUGUCUCCUCCAGACCAGGAGUGUCUCCUCAGUCCAGGUGCGUUGUCAUGCCGUGGUUGCUGUCCUCUCAGCUUAACUGUCUGUCCUCGUCGCCGUCGCAGCGACAGUGCGAGCGUACUGUGUUCUCCUUCUACUGCGCGGUGCGUGAGCAGCUUCCGGUCUGGACUUUGGAGGAUAUGCGCAGUAUGGAGGUCUUCUACUGGGAGGACGGACGCCCACGAACCUUCCUGCCAUCUGAGGCACUGCUGUACGCGGUCGUACACGACCAUCAGGACUACGCACGUUACCUGCUCAACAGGUACUCAGUGAGUGCACUCAGAGCACAGCGCUGCAGCUUCUGCUGCUGCAGUGGCAGCGGCUCACCGCACCUGUCCGUGGCAGUGCGCUACAACCGCGUGUCAAUCCUCAGCGCGAUGGUGGAGGCUCUGAAGGACUGUGACCCGCAGAGCAGCCGUCAGGACUUCCUAGAUGGCCACAGUGGCUGCUCGCACGUGUCGGACGCAGGAAAGACGGCGGUGCAGCUAGCAGUGGAGCUGUCACGACCUGACUGUCUGCUGCUACUACUGACUCAUGGUGCAAAGCCUGACGGACUCGACGCUGCCCUUCAGCGACUCAUCAUGUCCGACACGACGGAGCGACGCCACGUGCAGCGCUGCCUCGACCUCCUGCUGCUCUUCCUGCCCAGACCGCCCACACUGCAGCGCCUGCGGGAUGAACCACAUCGCUGGCAAAGCCUGCUGGGAGAUGAAGUGUUCAGCUGGCUGUGCGGUCUGGCCCCGCCCCCCCUCUUGCUGCAGGCGCUCAGGUGUUUGGCCCAGUCUGGACCGGAUCAGAUUGCCACGCUGCCUGACUUCCUGCAGCUGCACAGCUGGCAGUGAUGUCAUCUGUCCCCAAGCCAACACACUGAGGACUGCUGUGACUGGACAGCAUGUUGAUGAUGUAAAUAAAAUGUAAAUAAAAACGUCAGGUAAAAACCUGGUAUCUCCAGAAGGUGCUGAUACGAGGUUUUGAUGAAUGUUUCUACCUCAGUGAGUCAUGUUAUACAGAACUGUCGACCAAUCAGAUUGCAUUGAUCAGUAACAGACAGAAGUGAUCUGCUGUGUUUGAUUGACAGCUGGAACCUUUUGUGUUUCAUAGAAUAUUGAUCAAUAAAGACUUUUUUCAGCCCUGA